AUCAACUCAACAAAUCAGCGAGUGUCAUCCGUUAUUGCUCAAAGUCGCGACUUGCCUUCUGGUAGUUGGUAGUUAUCUUCGCCGGCCGGAGCCGGCCGUGAGGCUAUUGGUCCCGGUCGCUUAUGCCGCCGUUAUGCGAGCCACUCCUCCAAAAAUGCGCUUCCGCGGCCACCCUCGAGGUUGCGCGUCGGCUCCACGCUCUCGUCCUCACGACCCACGCCGUCUCUCCGUACGUGAACAACAAUCUUCUCUCCAUGUACGCUCGUUGCGGGUCAUUGGACAGGGCACGGGAAGUGUUCGACAGAAUGCCUCAGAGAAACGUAGUUUCGUACAAUGCGCUUAUCUCGGUUUAUUCUCGGGUGCCCGAUCGGGCGUUAUCGGCAGUGGGGUUGUUCGCCCGACUGGGUGAUGAGGGGUUAAGGCCUAAUGGGCUGACUUUCACCAGCUUGUUUCAGGCUUACUCUUUGCUCGAAGAUCGGUUCACGAGUUCUUUGCUUCACAGUCAUGUCGUGAAAUGUGGAUUUGCGGAUAAUAUCUGUGUUCAGACGGCUAUUCUUGGCGUGUACUCUAGUUGCGGGGAUCUGGAAUCUGCAGGGAAUGUCUUCCGGUGUAUAGCCGAUAAAGAUGCUGUUGCGUGGAACUCGAUGAUUUUCGGGAGUUUGAAGAACGAUAGAAUCAGGGAUGGACUCCGCAUAUUCAGUGAGAUGCUUGCAUCUGGUGUUUCUCCGACUCAGUUCACGUAUUCAAUUGUCCUGAAUGCUUGCGCAAAGUUGGAACAUCAUACCUUUGGACGGAUCAUCCAUGGCCGAGCAGUCGUCUCUGGCAUCACCUUUGAUCUGCCUAUGGAGAAUGCCCUGCUUGACAUGUAUCUCAACUGUGGUGACAUCAGUAGUGCACAGACUAUUUUUGAUAGAGUGCAGAAUCCAGACAUUGUUUCUUGGAACUCAUUGAUUUCUGGGUAUACAGAAAAUGGUCAUGGAGAAGUUGCCAUAGAGAUCUUUAUACAGUUACGGAGACAUUCGUUUCCUAAACCGGAUGAAUACACUCUCGCAGCUGCAGUUUCUGCAACAGGAACAUUCUUAGUCAAUGACUGUGGGAAGGCUCUUCAUGGUCAAGUCAUCAAAGUGGGAUUUGAAAGUAGCUUCUAUGUUGGAACUACGCUAAUCUCCAUGUACUUUACAAAUGGAGAAAAUGGGUAUGCUCAUAAUGUUUUCCACUCAUUACCGGAAAAGGAUGUGGUUAUCUGGACAGAGAUGAUCACAGCUCAUUCUAAAAUGGCAGAUUCAGAGACUGCAAUAAAAUAUUUCUAUGAAAUGUACGAGGAAGGACAUAAGACUGAUAGUUUUGCUUUAAGUGGAGCUUUGAGCGCAUGUGCUGAUCUUACAGUUCUCAAACAAGGAGAGAUGAUACAUUGCUUGGCUGUAAAAUCGGGAUCUGAUGUCGACAUGGCUGUCUGUGGUGGUCUAGUUGACAUGUAUGCUAAAAAUGGAAACCUUCAAGCUGCUGAGUUAAUAUAUUCUGAUGUUUCCAACCCUGAUUUGAAAUGCUAUAACUCGAUGCUCGGAGGAUAUGGCUACCACGGGUUGGCAGAGAAGGCGUUGGAACUUUUUGAUGAAAUUCUUAUGUCCGGUCUACUUCCAGAUCAAGUGACCUUCUUAUCAGCACUCUCUGCUUGCAACCAUAGUUGCUUGGUCAAUGAAGGAAAGAUCUUAUGGAAUUGUAUGAGAAACUUUAAUCUUAGUCCAGGCUCUAAGCAUUACUCAUGCAUGGUCAGUUUGCUGAGCCGAGCAGGAUUCCUGGAAGAGGCAGAGGAAAUGAUUAACAAAUCACCAUUCUAUGAUGACCAUUUAGAAUUGUGGAGAACCUUGCUUAGUUCAUCUGUAAAUUAUCAGAAUUUGCGCAUGGGAAUUCGUGCCGCUGAGCAUGUUCUGAGUUUGGACAUGGAAGACAUUGCAACUCACAUCUUGCUCUCCAAUCUUUACGCGGCCGCAGGGAAGUGGGAUGUUGUUGCGGAAACAAGACGUAAGAUGAGAGGGCUCAUGAUGGAUAAAGAUCCAGGACUAAGUUGGAUUGAAUCCCAGGAUACAAUGAAUGUGUUCUCUUCUGGUGACCAGUUACAUCCUACUAUAAGCAAAAUCGGGUCUGAACUUAACAGCCUAAUUGGAAACAUGAAAAGAUCAGAAGCUGAUGAGUUUAAUUCAAUCAUAUGUGGUAUCUAGAAUGAGGAGUCCAGAUUUAAUAGUUCUUUUCCAGUUGAACUCGGUCAUCAGCGUCAAAACAGCACAUGGUGAUCUCAUCACAUAUCUGUGCAGGCAUUGGCAACCUCCGGUGGACACUGAGA